GUGGCUCGGUGUGGAUUGGAUGUGUUUGCUCGCGGUCGUUUGCGGUUGCAGUUUCUAGUGUGCGCAAGAAAAGGCUGUACCCCGAUAGUUGUGGUUACGUGGUUACGAGGUUACGAAAGCAAUUGUGAGAAAGACAGCAUGGCUGGUCCCAACCCAUUUCAAAGCUUGCAGAAAGAGCUAAAUGUCGAUGGCCAAACAUUCCACUAUUUCGAUAUUGCCUCGUUCGAGGAAUUUAAGGAACUGCCGUACAGCAUCCGCGUCCUGUUGGAAUCGGCCGUUCGCAACUGCGACAAUUUCCAGGUGUUGGAAAAGGACGUACGCGGUAUCCUGAGCUGGAAGGCAACCAAGAGCGUCAAGACGGACGCCGAGCUGGAGAUCCCGUUCAAGCCGGCGCGGGUGAUUCUGCAGGAUUUCACCGGCGUGCCGGCGGUGGUGGACUUUGCGGCGAUGCGUGAUGCCGUUCUGAAGCUUGGCGGCGACCCGGAUAAGAUCAACCCCAUCUGUCCGUCCGAUCUGGUGAUUGACCAUUCCGUGCAGGUGGAUUUCGCUCGGACGCCCGAUGCGCUGAACAAGAAUCAGGAUCUGGAGUUUGAGCGAAACAAGGAACGGUUUACGUUUUUGAAGUGGGGAGCCAAAGCGUUUAACAAUAUGUUGAUAAUUCCACCCGGUUCGGGCAUUGUUCAUCAGGUAAACUUGGAGUAUUUGGCUCGUGUGGUGUUUCAGGAUGACAGUAAAUCCAAGGAUGGCGUGAAGAUGCUGUAUCCGGAUAGCGUUGUCGGCACCGAUUCUCACACUACUAUGAUCAACGGGUUGGGAGUUGUUGGUUGGGGUGUUGGAGGCAUUGAAGCGGAAGCUGUCAUGUUGGGACAGGCCAUAUCUAUGUUGCUUCCGGAGGUCAUUGGGUACAAGUUGACGGGUAAACUGAAUCCGCUGGCAACAUCUACGGAUUUGGUCCUGACUAUCACGAAGCACCUGCGACAGAUCGGCGUUGUUGGCAAGUUUGUUGAAUUCUUCGGACCUGGUGUCAGCGAGUUGUCCAUUGCCGAUCGUGCCACGAUCAGUAACAUGUGUCCGGAGUAUGGAGCAACCGUCGGUUACUUCCCAAUCGAUCAAAACGCACUGGAUUAUCUGCGUCAAACGAACCGUGCAGAAGAUAAAGUUCAGGUUAUUGAGGCUUAUCUGAAGGCAACCAAUCAGUUGCGUAAUUUUAGUGACGCAUCGCAGGAUCCGAUCUACACCCAGACCGUGCAGUUGGAUUUGGCUACCGUAGUCACGUCGGUUUCGGGACCUAAACGUCCCCAUGAUCGGGUGUCUGUUAGCGAGAUGCAGAAGGACUUCCGUGACUGCUUGACAGCCAAAGUUGGCUUCAAGGGUUUUGCCAUUCCGGAAGAUGAAUUGAAAGCAGAGGGGCAUUUUAGUUGGGCUGAUGGAAAGAGUUACGCUCUUCGUCACGGUUCCGUCGUGAUAGCUGCAAUUACAUCCUGCACAAACACCAGCAACCCUUCGGUAAUGCUUGGAGCCGGAUUGCUGGCAAAAAAAGCGGUUGCAGCUGGUUUGAAGGUUGCUCCGUACAUUAAGACGUCGCUAUCACCGGGAAGCGGAGUUGUUACGUACUAUUUGAAGGAAUCGGGUGUUGUUCCGGCACUUGAGGAAUUGGGUUUCCACGUCGUCGGGUACGGUUGUAUGACUUGCAUCGGUAACUCCGGUCCAUUGGACGACAACAUCGCUAACACCAUCGAGAAGAACAACCUGGUCUGUUGUGGAGUACUUUCUGGCAAUCGAAACUUCGAAGGUCGCAUUCAUCCAAAUACCCGUGCCAACUAUCUGGCCAGUCCCCUGCUGGUCAUUGCGUACGCCUUAGCCGGAACGGUGGAUAUCGAUUUUGAGAAAGAGCCAAUAGGAACUAAAGCCGAUGGCAGUAAAGUGUUUUUGCGGGAUAUUUGGCCAACACGUCUGGAAAUUCAAGCCGUCGAAAAACAGUUCGUCAUUCCAGCGAUGUUCCGCGAUGUGUACUCGAAGGUUGAGCUUGGAUCGGACUCCUGGCAGGGUUUGAAUGCUCCAACUGGAAAACUUUAUCCGUGGGACGAAGCAUCUACUUACAUCAAACAUCCACCAUUCUUCGAGAGUAUGACGCGUGACCUGCCUAAGAUGUGCAACAUCGUUAACGCCCGUGCCUUGCUCAACCUAGGAGAUUCCGUUACUACCGAUCACAUUUCACCGGCCGGUUCGAUUGCUCGUAACAGUCCUGCUGCACGCUAUCUCGCCUCCCGUGGACUGACCCCACGCGAGUUCAAUUCGUACGGAUCGCGGCGAGGAAACGAUGCCGUUAUGGCACGAGGCACCUUUGCCAAUAUUCGUCUGGUGAACAAACUGGUCAGCGGUCCGGGACCGCGUACGCUUCACAUUCCAAGCGGUGAAGAGAUGGACGUCUUCGAUUGUGCCGAACGUUACACCCAGGAAGGUACUCCGUUGAUUGCCAUCGUCGGUAAAGACUACGGCAGCGGAUCGAGCCGGGAUUGGGCUGCGAAGGGACCGUACUUGCUGGGUAUUAAGGCCGUUAUUGCCGAAUCGUACGAGCGUAUUCACCGGUCCAAUCUGGUCGGUAUGGGUAUCAUUCCACUGCAGUAUCUCGAGGGGCAAAAUGCGGACACGAUCGGUCUGACCGGACAGGAGCAGUUUAACAUUGCGCUGCCGGAUAAUGUGAAACCGCACGAUAAAAUUACCGUCGAAACGGACGGUGGACUCAAGUUCCAGGUGGUGGUACGCUUCGAUACAGAGGUAGAUCUGGAGUAUUUCCGCAACGGUGGCAUUCUCAAUUAUAUGAUUAGGAAGAUGAUUUCCUAAGGCGGUUUGGUGGUGAUGGUUGAAGCACAAAGUGCUGCAUUAUACUUUUGAAUGUACUCUUUUUAUCGAACAAAUUGGUUUGCAUGCAAUGAAUAAA